AUGUCUGACAUAAAGAUUGCCAUUGACCGUGGCGGAACCUUUACCGACUUUCUUGCUAUCAUUCCCGGCCAGGAAGACUACGUCUUUAAGCUGCUUUCUGUUGACCCCGCCAACUACGAGGAUGCCAACAUCGAAGGAAUCCGCAAAAUUCUGGAACAUGUCCAGGGAAAGAAAAUUCCCCGUGGUGAGCCGCUAGACACCUCGAUCGUCAGCAGUAUCCGUCUGGGAACCACCGUUGCGACAAACGCUCUUCUCGAAAGAAAAGGAGCCAAGUGCGCUUUUAUCACCACCAAGGGCUUCAAGGAUCUUCUGCGGAUUGGCGACCAGAGUAGACCUGAUCUGUUUGCGCUCAAGAUUGUCAAGCCGGGCGUUCUGUACGAAGAGGUCGUUGAGAUCGACGAGAGAGUCACAAUGCCUGCGUACACAGAGGAUCCGCUGUUGAACGACUGCAGAGAGCUGCUUGACGGAGAGAAAUUCGUCGAGGGCACCACCAAGGAGGUGUUUGAGAUUCUAAAGCCCAUUGAUCUUGAAGCAGCCAAGUGCGAACUGCAGCGGCUCAGAGACAAUGGGUUCAAGUCUGUGGCUAUAUGCUUGAUUCACGGCUACAAUUUCCAGGACCAUGAAAAAAAGCUGAAAAAAAUGGCCAUGGAGUUGGGCUUCGAGUUCAUCACCACAUCCCAUGAAAUCAUCCCCAUGAUCAAGGCUGUGCCACGGGCACAGUCUGCCGUGCUAGAUGCGUAUCUGACGCCUGUGGUGAAAGAGUACAUCCACGGACUGCUGAAAGGCUUCAAGCCUGGCUUCGAAAAGCACACGAGAAUCGAAUUCAUGCAGUCAGAUGGCGGUAUGUGCACGGCAGAACACUUCACAGGUCUCAAAGCCCUGCUUUCCGGUCCUGCUGGCGGCGUUGUGGGCGAGGCAGAAACCUGCUACGACGCAGACCACGGUAUUCCCAUCAUCGGCUUCGAUAUGGGCGGAACCUCAACGGACGUGUCACGUUAUGCUGGCCAGUACGAGCACGUCUUUGAGACCAACACGGCGGGAAUCAACAUUACUGUGCCACAACUGGAUAUCAACACCGUUGCUGCCGGCGGAGGCUCUAUUUUAUUCUAUAAGAACGGUAUCUUUGUUGUCGGCCCUGAAUCAGCCGGUUCGCAUCCGGGUCCUGCAUGCUACCGUAAAGGUGGCCCGCUCACAGUCACGGAUGCCAACCUCGUGACUGGCCGGAUUGUGGCUGAACAGUUUCCCAAAAUAUUCGGCCCUGACGCGAACGAGCCGCUGGACGUGGAGAUCUCAAAGAAGAAAUUCCAAGAGCUCACCGAUCUCAUCAACAAGGACAACCCGGGUUCUCCAAAGACAGUAGAGGAGGUUGCCCUUGGAUUCCUCACCGUUGCCAACUACAACAUGGCGAAGCUGAUUAGAACGCUUACUGAGUCCAAAGGUUACGACAUCACGAGACACAACCUUGCUUCCUUUGGCGGGGCCGGCGGGCAGCAUGCUGCUCCGAUGGCCGAGAUUCUGAAAAUAAAGCGAGUCGUAAUUCACAAGUACUCGUCUAUUCUCUCGGCGUACGGCAUAGCUCUGGCUGACACUGUGGUGGAAAAACAGAUCCCAUCAAGCGCCGUCUACAAGCCGGAGGCUGUUCCGGAGCUGUUGGAAAAAUGCGAAAUACUGAAAGAGGAGGCUAAACGGAAGCUUCUAGCACAGGGUUUGAGGGAGUCGGAUAUACGUUUUGAGGUCUUCUUCAACAUGGGCUACCACGGCUCAGAAACAAAGCUGAUGAUCAACCAGGUUCCAGAGAAAGAUUUCUUCACGUCCUUCAGGGAAUCGCAUCUCAGACAGUUCACGUUUGUGGACGACGAAAGAGACGUGAUUGUGCACGAUUUGAGGGUCAGAGGCACUGGCGCACUGUCCAAGGUCGUGGAGCGGUCGCCGUAUAAGGAUUUGGAAACGGUUGCACAGCAACCGGUGAAGAGCGGCGUCGAGGUGAGCCAGCAGGAGAUUGCGUUUGACGAGGGAAAAAUGAUGUCCAAGGUUUAUUUCAUGAAAGAUCUCAGCAUGGGUGACAUUGUCAACGGCCCUGCCAUGAUAUUAGACGAGACUCAGACCAUUCUGGUCACUCCCGGAGCAAGAGCCAUCAAUUUACCCAGACACAUUAUUAUCGACGUCAACAACGAGAAAACGCAGGACGAAAUCUCUCUGGACCAUGUCGACCCAAUCCUGCUUUCCGUCUUCUCCAACAGGUUCAUGUUCAUUGCCGAGGACAUGGGCAGGACGCUGCAAAAAAUCUCUGUUUCGGCCAACAUCAAGGAGCGCAUGGAUUUCUCCUGUGCCCUAUUUGACGAGGACGGAAACCUGACAGCCAAUGCACCUCACGUUCCUGUUCACCUGGGGUCCAUGAGCUUUUCCAUCAAGUAUGCGAUCCAGUACUGGAAAGACAAUAUUCACGAGGGUGACGUUCUUGCCACCAAUCACCCCGUGGCAGGCGGGACGCAUCUGCCUGAUAUCACUAUUAUCUCUCCAGUCUUUAUCGAGGGGAAGAUUCGGUUCUUUACCGCCUCCAGGGCACACCAUGCAGAAAUAGGAGGACUUACUCCCGGUUCUGGUUCUACAAUGGCCACCAGCCUCGCUGAGGAGGGUGCACAGUUUGAAGCAUGGAAAAUCGUUUCCAAGGGCCAGUUUGACUACGAAGGGCUACAUAAGUACUUCAUGGAGGUCCCUGCGGAAGCUCCUGGCUGCUCCCCCACCAGGAAGCUGGAAGACAACGUUUCCGACCUCAAGGCGCAGAUUGCCGCAAACCAGCGUGGAGUGAAUCUCCUGGUAGAUCUAUUCAAAGAGUACGGCGUCGAAACUGUGUUGUUCUACAUGCGCAACGUCAAGAAGACGGCAGAGAUGGCAGUGCGUGCAGCCCUUAAAAAGCUUGCUAAAAUACACCGUGGAAAGCUUCCCCUGCGGGCAGAAGAGGUCCUGGACACUGGCUCUAAAAUCGUGGUGUCCAUAGACAUCAACGAGGAGGACGGCUCUGCCGUCUACGAUUUUACUGGCACAACAGAGCAGGUGUACAGUCCGCAAAACUCGCCUAUUGCAGUGACCCACGCCUGCGUCAUUUACGGUCUGCGCUGUAUCAUCAACUCGGACAUCCCGCUGAACGAGGGCUGUCUGGUGCCAAUUGAGAUCAUUGUCCCAGAAGGAACGUUACUGAAUCCGUCCAGAGAGGCGGCUGUGAGCUCUGGAAACGGCAGUGGCUCCCAAAUUCUUACGGAGACCAUAUUCAAGGCCUACCAGGUCGUGGGCAGCGGUCCUGGUUCGAUGAACGCGCUCCACUUUGGUGUUGGGGGUCUGGAAAACGGCCAGCUUGUCAAAGGUUUUGGUAUGGUCGAGACCAUCGGCGCGGGUAGCGGUGCAACAGAGGGGGCAGAUGGAUUUUCAGGCACCCAGUGUCACAUGACGAACACGAAGAUCACAGAUCCCGAAGUGCUCGAAAAGCGUUAUCCGUGUAUUCUCUGGGACUGGAGCAUCCGAAAAGGGACCGGUGGAGACGGUAAAUGGAAAGGAGGUGACGGGUUGCAACGGAUCAUCCAGUUCACCACCAAAGUGGAAGCCUCGAUCUCCUCAUUUAGACGUGCUACAUCUCCCUAUGGUAUGGCCGGCGGGUGUUGUGGCGCUCGUGGUAUCAACAAAAUUGGAAAGGAGAUGAAGGACGGCACAGUCCAGUGGUUUGGAAUUGGAGCCUUCGCUGAUAUAGUGCUCCAGAAAGGCAUGUACAUCGCGAUCCUCACUCCAGGAGGAGGUGGCUACGGCGAUCCGAAAGAAAGAAACAAAGUUGUGAUGAAGUCUGGCCACGACUUGCCACGGGCUCCACUGGCCGGAGGAACGCUCUCCAACAUCGUGGAGGCCGCAAACACCUCUCAAUAA